AUGCCAAUAUCAACUGAUGAUUUACGAAAAGAAUUUCUUACAUAUUUAAAUCAACCUGAAUCAUCAUGUGAUGGUUUAAAAAAUAUAAUUGAUGAUAAAAAAAUUCAAUCUUCUAUUAUUAAACUUAUUUAUAAACAUUAUUUAUCAAAUGGAAAAUUAUUAUCAUCAUCAAAGAUAUUUUCUUUACCAGAUUAUUUACUUUCAUCUAUAAAACAAUGUUUAAUUAAACAUGAAUAUCAUAGGAAAUUUUAUGAACAAGCACAAGAAUAUGUACUUAAAUAUAUGUUACAAAUGUGUUAUCCAAAAUUUCUUAUUGAACAACAAUAUUUACCUGAAACAAAACGACAAGCUUUAACUACAUCAAAAUUUACUCCUAUGCAUAGACGUUGUAUAUUUACAAGAAAAAAAGAUGUUUUUGAAAAAUUAAAACAACAAUCAAAUUCGUCAAUUAACAACAAUUCUACUGCACCUAUUAAAAUGACAAGUCAACAGCCAAUCAACCUUAGGUGAGUUGUGCUAAUUCAAUUCUGUCAAUUUUGAAAAAGAAAAAAAAAAAAGGUGUCAUCAUUAAACCAUAUGUCACAUAUAUUUAAAGAAAAAAAAA